AUGGCGAAAGGCUCAUCAAUAUGGAUCGACCAGCUCGUCUCACUGCUCGGUCUCGACAAGGAGACAGUCAAGACUCAAAUCCUGCCCUUUCUCGACUCAUUCGACGAUGAGACUUUGCUUCGCACGCAUUUGCAAGACCUUGUUGGAACAGACACGGCGCUCGCAAAGUCAUUCCUUCGCGACUUUACACGGUCGAGAUUUCCUCAGCAGGCGGGACAUGCAUCAGGCUCAACAACACCGACUCUGUCAUCCGCGCCUAUGUCUGCGAACCCGAGUGGAAGUGGGAACAAUCAUAGUAGCGCGCAAAGAAAGCGCGCAAAGAAGACACUAGCAGAGCGAGCUGCGAUCGGACAGACACUCGCACCGAGGAAAUUCGAACAUCCUGGCCUUGACCAACAAGAUCAGAUGGCAAAGCUGCAAGAGGCCUUCGGAGGCAUGGGUACUGUGUAUAGGAAAAAGCAGGAUGACCAAGACUUUUUUGCUGGUACGAAGGGCAAGAAGGGCAAACAUGGCCGAGCAAAGGCAGAGCCGUCGACAGGACCUCGCGAGAGUCCUCAGCCAGAGGCCGCACCGUUAAUCGACUCUCAUCCCGCCGAAGCAUCAUAUUCGGCAAACAUCGACGAGCCCUCUUCAUCCAUCUCUCUAUCCAAACCAUCGCCGCCACCAACAGCCGAAAUGCUCGCGAUCGAUGCCGUCGUCGAAGAACUCACUUCCCCCCUUCCCCCCUCAUCCUCAACCUCUUCAUUCAUAGUCAACCGCAGACUGUGCUUCUGCCAAGGCCGUCGUCAUCCCCUCGCACCCUAUGCCCCACUCUGCUACUCGUGCGGACUCAUCCUCUGUUCAGCCAUCCACCCAUCCCCACUCUCCCCCCUCUCCUCAUGUCCAUCAUGCUCCGCCUCACCUCUCCUCUCGACCGCAGCACGAUCCGAUCUAGUCGCCAAACUCACCGCCGAACGAGAAAUUCUCUACGAACAGCAACUUCUUCAGAUCCAACUUCAACGAGAACAGAAGAAACUCAACAAAUCCACCGCCCGCAGUGCUCGGGAAGAAGAAGCUGCACUGUUCCCUCAACUUGGUGCUCAACCCGGUUCCAUUUCCACAGCUACGACAACGGCGUAUGGACACACAGGACCGGUAAUGGGCAAACACGGUGCGCUACAAAAGGCAAGAGCUAUUGCAGCUGGCGCACAGAGAACAGCAAAAGUGCUGAGUCUGGAUAUGAAGACGCACAAGCUGAAACAGCAUACCAAGAUCACAAGGCCAAAAGCGACGGAAGUAGCAAAGGCAGAUGCGGAGAAAGGGAAGGUGGUGGAAGAGGUCGAGCAAGAUCCCUUUGUCGGGUUGGAUGGAUCGGAACUGGUUAGGAACGAUGCUGAUGAUGGGUUGCGUGCGACAGCUGCUGCGGGCGGUGGAAAGGCAAAGGCGGUGGCGAGCGGGACAAAGACGAUCCCAAAACGAAGCUGGACCUUUGCGGGCAAAGAGCUUACUUUGCAGGCUACACCAGCUGUCAAGUAG